AGUAUGGUGGACCUUUGCGAUCAUGCACGUCACGCGAAGCCCACGAAAUGUGCAAGGGCAUUGCACGGACGAUGGUGCGAUUGUGGGAUGAGUCGAGCCACAACACCAGGGAUCCAUUCGAGUUCGACUCUUGCGCACCUUGUUGGCUACGAGUAGGCCAUGACCAAGACGACCCGAUCAAUAGUUUCAGUUUCCAGGUGGUGCAUUGUAGACUGUCGAAAGGGCUCUCUCGCACGAGGCUUCCAGCUCAAGUGGGAUUGUGCACAGCGAAGCGACCGAUUGAUCGCGUAACGCUUUCUUGGAUAGUUAUUUGAUCUUUGUUCUAGAUUCCGCUAGAUCAGUGUCGAUAUCUAACUAGCUGUGACGAGGAUGCUGAACUUAAGAGUUUUCAUUUAACAAGGGACUGCCUUGUGGUCCAGGUGGACGUUUCUGUACCGUUGCGAUGGAGUCGUGCGCGCUGCGCUCGGGUUGUUCGAACGAGUGUUUCACUUUGUUUACAGGCACACGAAAUGACUAGGAAUUGCUGUUUUGACUCAGUCUUUCCGGUUAGUUUACAGUGCUUCCUUGCAGCUGCCGAGGGCUUAGGUGGGUUCGAAGUCCUGCGCCAUCGCUGUCAAAAUCGCGGUGCUGAACAGUCUGUUAGUCUUCUUUUCUAGUUUGGUGCAGGCAGACGGUUGGUUAGUUCUUUGUAGCUGUGGGUGUUGGGAGUAGCUUGUGCGCCAGCUCAUGGGGCUGCAAACAAUGAGGAGCCAAGCUUAUGAUCUUGUCACCAAAUCGACUUUGUAGGUAUUCAAGAAAUUUUAGUACACAAUACCUAAACACCAUUUGUAGCUGAUGUCGCGAAAGGUCGGCCGAAUGGGGGCGAUCUUCAAGGGGUACUUGUGAGUCUCGGGCGCCGAAGCGCAAGGCAGUAAAGUUAGUGGUGCGUGUGCAGUCGAUAAAUCCGUGGGGUGAUAUGGGAGGAUCCGAGCGGCCCACGCUCUUAGUAUCUGUUUUAUUAGUGGCAAUGUUCACCUCCUUAUGUAGCCGAGGUGCAGCCACCAUUGAAGAAGGCAAUGCAUUGCAAGAAGUGUUGGAUACUAAGUGGAUAACAAGGUCCAUGCCUUCAUGGGUGAUUGGCACAGAUCCAUGUGUUGCCGUCUGGAUGAGGUUGGAUUGCGAUACAACAGGCCACGUCGUCACACUGAACUUAACACACGUCGGACUCAGUGGAGAAAUUCCAAUGGCGUUGGGCAAGCUUACUUCGCUGAAGGUUUUGGAUAUGGGUAACGACAAGAACUGUGAGAAAUGUGGGCCAUGGAAUAGGGUGAAGGGUGACCUUGCCGCUCUUUCGACUCUGGUGAAUUUACAGACAUUAAUACUUACCUCGAAUGAGCUUUCUCUCGAUAUAUUUCCUUCCUCCAUCUUCAAACUUACGAAGUUAGUAAACUUGAGAGUGGACAACACCUUGAUUAGAGGAAAAUUUCCUUAUCAGCUCUCAACACUUACCAAUCUGCAGAUUCUGUACGUGACAGAACUUUCUUCAUUGUACUUGGGAAACAACUCAUUCACGGGUCCCUUGGACGGGGGGCCUCUCAGCAAACUCGUGAAUUUACAUGAGCUGACUAUCUGGAAUAGUCCAUUCUACUCUGUAUGUCCUCCGGAGCUGGGAAAGCUUGUCAAUUUAACCUACUUGAAUUUGAAUAAGUGUGGUCUCUACGGUGGCCUUCCCCCGGAAUAUUCGAAACUCACCAAAUUGGAGAAAUUGAUUCUGUUCAAGAACAAUUUCACAGGGCCUAUUCCAGACAGCUGGCGUUCUAUGGUUAACCUCAAAGAUUUCGAGAUCAACAACAACUACUUAUACGGACCGUUGCCUACCUGGCUUCUGCAAUUUCCUAAGCUUGCGAUCAUACGAGGCACCAAUAAUAAUCUCUAUGGACCGCUUCCACCAGGUCUGAAUGAGACCUACACCCCAGGGCUGCGAAACAUAUCUAUGGAGUGCAACUACUUAAAUGGGAACAGGCCAAGCGUGUCCCAAAAUAUUACGGCCUCUCUCCAAUACAAUUGCUUUGUUGGUGAUACCAACUCAGAUUCGGCCUGCAUCAGGCCUCAAAAUUGCCUCAACUUUCAACUGGCCACGGGAAAUGGAACACGGUGUCCCGCAUGUCCUCCAGAUCAACAUCCUGUUAACUUAACUACUUGCAUUUGUUUUAAAGAUGAAGUGAAAUCGAGCAAGAAGUUCGGAAUUGGUGCAAUUAUAGGUGUUACCGUGGGCGGAGCUGUGCUUAUGAUUUUCCUAAUGACCCUAGCAUACUUUUUCUUAUUUAAACGCAAGAGCAAAGCCAGGGAGGGACCCAAGUCUCGUCCUGACUUUUUCAGCAUAGGUAAAGAAGUGGGUAGCAUGAGGUAUAGUAGUGCACUAUGGGAAGUUCCGAACGGUGUACAGCGAUUUACAUUAGAAGAAUUAACCAAGGCAACCGAUGGCUUCGACAAGGCCCAUGAAAUUGGCGAAGGUGGAUUCGGCAAGGUAUUUGUCGGUCACUUUCCUGAUGGUCGCACUUUGGCUCUCAAGCGAGCCGCCCCUGUCUUCAGCCCCAACUCAGGAGCAGGCCACCAGCAGUUCAGGAAUGAGGUGUUACUGUUGAGUAGACUCCACCACAAGAACUUGGUUCGGCUUGAGGGAUUCUGUGAUGAGGAAGAUUACCAGAUUUUGGUGUACGAGUUCAUGAAGCUAGGAAAUCUUCACAGCCUUCUCCAUGAAGAUCAUCGUGGGAAGAAUGCUGGUAAAUACAUCAUGUUGGACUGGUACAAGCGCCUUGAGAUUGCACUUCAUAUUGCUCAGGGAUUGGACUACCUUCAUUCCUUUGCGGAUCCUCCGGUGAUCCAUAGAGAUGUGAAGCCAAGCAACAUCUUGCUGGACGAAAAUCUGGUGGCGAAAGUGGCUGACUUUGGUAUCUCCAGAGAGUCACCGGAAAUUGACACGCAUGUGUCCACCAGGCCAGCGGGCACCGCAGGGUACUUCGAUCCUCAGUACUUCCUUCGUCGCCAACUAACUACAGCUAGCGACGUUUACAGCUUUGGGGUGGUUUUAUUGGAGUUGAUAACUGGCCGCAGAGCCAUUGUUCUCAAUUCUACUUCUGAUGAGGACACUAAUCUUAUCGAAUGGACAAAGCUCAGAAGGGAGCAGAGUAAAGAUGGCAACGUUGCAAGUAUUGUAGAUUGCAAACUCGAGGGGAAAUAUCCUCAAGAAACGUAUGCUAAGCUUGUGGACUUGGCCUUGAUGUGUGCAAGUUUUGAGAAGAGCAGGAGACCAUCCAUGAAGCAUGUAGUUAGUGUACUAGAACCCCUGCUGCAAAGUGCCGAGCGGCCUACUCAAAACUACACGUUGCAGCAAUGGCCAUCACACGAAGUCAGAACUUCUCCCUCUUCAAGUCACCAUUCGACCAUGGUUGGGUCAGAUGAGGGCUGCAGAACUGGCACAGAAUAUACCCGCAUUGAAAUGGCCACUUUACUCUUACCACGCUAGGGAGUGCUUUGAUCAAUCCUGGUCACUGUGUGAGGGUGAUAGAAAUUGGUUCCAUUCAUAUCUUGGUUAAUAUCCUCGACAAGCAGUGGAUCACGCCGUGAUCCGUUGGUCUUCUUCAGUGUCCCUGAAGGACUGGAUUGCACGGACUAGGUAUAUCUAUCGAAUGCGACGAUGCCUCCAGUCGAUCUUCUCACACGGUCUAUCCUAGAUCUCGUGCAGAAUCAGGCCACUCAUGCAAGGAGAUACUCCAGUGCGAUUCAGAACUACGAAUCCUUAUCGGUUUCGAUGGAAAGCUCUGUAAAGUCUGUGUUAACAUUGAUACUUAGAUUAUCGGGAAAUCAUGGGGGCUGCACUAACCAUAUUAUCCAGACGAUUUGACUAAGGCGGGGUCGGAAAAACAAUCGUUAUGAAAAUCAAGGGCGUUUUGUGCGGAUCUAAGCUUUCGAGUUCGGUAAACCUCAUACGACUUUAGCUGCCUGUUUGAACAGGAAUCUGAUGCCAUGUCCACACCAGACCUUCAUAGUCUUGAAGAUCCGUUCCGAAUGUGGAGGAGCUUGAUUAUAAGUGGUGGCUACGUAUGCGUGGGCCUAAAGAUGCAACACCAAGUAGCAGGAUGACAAAAAUUGCUUCUGUGGCGGUGCGUCAACAAACCAAGUGUUUUACGUUGCUACUUUCAACAUUGACGCAACUAAUUGAAACACGUAUGAGGUAGGAGCUUAGGGUAAAUGUAGCCUGUAUCCCGCUGCUUGAUUACUGUGUUAAGCCGACUUUGUGUGGCAAGAGCAAUGUGAAGCUCAUCACUACAUUUCAUGAUGGUCAACAGCAAUCUAGGUGAUGCGUAAUCAGAGUAUGAGUCUUGUGAGGGCGCUGUGCCGUCAGAGUGCGGCAGUUGGGGUUGCACUUAAGUGAAUUUAAGUUUAUGAGCUAACCUGUGAUGCAUGACGCUAGUACACCGCAAGGAUUGACUCCAGCAGUUCAUGUUUGAAGAUGUAGAAUCGUAGGGUUUCUGGCAGAAGGUCCACACGUUUGAUUUGUGAACUAAUCAUCCCGGAAGAUUCACUGCGACGUUACAUGACCAAAUCUAGUUUUAACAAAUGAUCAUAAGAUCAACGAUUUGGUUUUUGGUAAA